UUAUCUCAUCUCAUCUCAUCUAAUUUCCUCGCAAAAGAAAAAACCUAGUCUCAACAUCAGGCCAUCCCAUCCACCAGGGCUCAUCAAAUCAUUAACUAAUCAACCUAUUCAUCCCACUCCAUCAGAGUCUAACAAUAUCCCUGCACAAAUAUCCAUACACAAUGGCCACCCUCCGACCCAAAUCCAGCACCAGCACUGCCGACCUAGCACUGAACUUCAUCGAGGACCGGCCGGACCCAACGUCCAGCUCGGCAAGUCUGAUGUCGCAACUAGCUCAUAGACAGGAGUUGAUUGCGUAUUGGGAUAUCCAGCCCGGGUCAAGAGUACUGGAGAUAGGAUGUGGCCAGGGUGAUACGACUGUUGCGUUGGCGGAUGCGGUGGGGGAGAGUGGGAGUGUGGUUGCGCUUGAUCCGGGGAGUCCUGAUUAUGGCUCCCCCUCAACACUCGCCCAAGCCCAAGCCCACAUCCUCUCCACCCCCUUAGGACCACGCAUAACAUUCCACUUCAUCGACCCCCUCCUCUACCUCUCAACCUACACCGGCCCCGCCUACGACUACAUCGUCCUCUCCCAUUGCAUCUACUACUUCUCCUCUCCCACACACCUCCCCACCCUCCUCGCCUCCCUAGCACCCCACACCAAAACCCUCUGCCUAGCCGAAUGGUCCCUCCACGCCUCCUCACUCGCUCAGAUCCCCCACGUGCAAACCGCACUCCUGCUCUCCCUUCUAGAAACAAAACGCGAGAUCAAUUCUAACGGAAACAUACGCACCGUUCUAUCACCCGCGCAAAUCAUGUCCGCUGUGCUAUCUACCUCUACCAGCACCGCAGCCUCUUCGUCCUUGCCAAACUCCAGCUUCACGCUAGCACGCCAAGCUACACUCCCGUCGCAUCCAGGACUGCAAGAUGGAUACUGGGAAGUCAGUGAUCUGCUCCGGAAGCGCGAGGAAGAAAUCUCGUCUUUGCGGGUACGGAGUUCCGGUCAGGUUGUGAGCGAGAAUGAGAUUGUGGCGCUGGAGGCGGCGUAUGAUGCUAUUGCUGCUUCAGCGGAAGGGUUAGAUGGUGGUGUGAAGGGGGUGAGGAGUAUGGAUUAUUGGGUGGGUGUUUUUGAGAGGGUAUGA